AUGAAGAGCACUCCCUUGAUCAUCAACUGGCAUGAUCAAAAUGCUCCCAUCUAUUCCGCCCAUUUCGAACCCUCGGGCAAGGGCCGUCUAGCAACUGCCGGUGGAGACUCAAACGUCAGACUCUGGCAGGUCGAGAAAGAUGGCGAGGAUAGGAAGGUCGAGUACCUGGCCACCCUCUCCAAGCACACCCAGGCCGUCAACGUUGUUCGAUGGUCUCCGAAAAGCGAAACUCUGGCCUCCGCUGGUGAUGAUGGUAAUGUCAUCAUCUGGGUCCCCUCCGAGUCCAGCAACCCGGCCUUUGGCAGCGACGGCUUCGACGAUAAGGAGAGCUGGCGAACAAAGCACAUGUGCAGGUCCUCUGGUUCUGAGAUAUAUGACCUGGCCUGGUCUCCCGACGGUUCAUACUUCAUCAUCGGGAGCAUGGAUAACGUCGCGAGGAUAUACAAUGCCGCUACUGGUACACUAAUACGCCAAAUCGCUGAGCACAACCACUAUGUCCAGGGGGUGGCAUGGGAUCCCCUCAACGAAUACAUCGCGACUCAGUCUUCGGAUCGAUCUGUGCAUGUCUAUUCCUUGAGAACCAAGGAUGGACAGUACACACUGAGCAGUGAAACCGACAAGUGCCCCAAGAUUGCAAGUCACAUGAAGUCUGAUCUGCCCCCUCGGCGCAUCUCCUCAAGCAGCCCGGCGCCGCCCGACUUUGGCCACCGGGCCCAGCUGUCUGUCAUCGACGCCGUUCCAGGAAUGGCCCCCGGUCCUACUUCUGGCACAGUAAUAGGGUCGCCAGUGCCGUCCGCUCCUGGCACGCCAACUUCGGUUGCUCUGCCCAUGAAUCCUCCAAGCGUGAUCAGCCACAGUCGAAGAUCGUCUUUCUCUUCGUCCCGCCGCUCUGUCUCCCCGGCGCCCUCGAUGCCUCUGCCUGCUGUCAUGCCGAUGGAGGCUUCCCCGAAGCCCCUACCCACAAGCACGAAUGUCAAGAAUGCCAGCCUCUACGCUAAUGAAACCCUGACCUCGUUCUUCCGGAGGUUGGCUUUUACACCAGAUGGUAGUCUGUUGCUAACUCCUGCUGGACAAUACUCAUCGCAACAGACACAAGCAGAUGGCAAGCCACAUUACGAGGUCGUCAACACGGUGUACAUUUACACGCGAGGCGGCAUUAACAAGCCACCAACCGCCCAUCUUCCUGGGCACAAGAAGCCAUCGGUCUGCGUGCGGUGUUCUCCAUUGUUUUAUACUCUUAGGACAUCUCCACCAACUACCAAAUACAUCACCAUCGACACUUCGUCAUCAGAGGAGCCAAUACCAUCGUUACCAGAACCUCUGUCAAAACCGUCUCCUGCGCCAUCUGUCAUGGAUCCACCACCUCCGCCGUCCUCUGAGCCCAUGGGAAGGAGUCUAAGCACCGCCUCAGAAACAACAUCCACGUCAGGAGGCCCCAAGGCGGCUUUCGCCCUGCCAUACAGGAUGGUCUACGCUGUUGCAACGCAGGACUCAGUCUUCAUUUACGACACUCAGCAGCAGACUCCCAUUUGCAUCGUCAGCAACCUACAUUGUGCAACUUUCACAGACCUUGCAUGGGCGGCCGAUGGCACAACACUGUUCAUCACAUCGUCGGAUGGUUUCUGCUCGACGGUAUCUUUCGGAAGCACAGAUCUUGGUGAAAUUUACAAAGGCGACGUCUCCGCACACAAACGCCGCCAGGAUAAUCCAGAGACCGCGGCGACAUCAGCACAAAAUACCCCUGUCCCAACACCAACCUCUCAGUUCGCACCGCCAUCGCCAUUCCCCAAUGGAUCUCAACAUCGGCAUCGUGACUCGACGAGCUCCUUUGCAGCCCCCUCCCCACCGCCAGCAGCAGCUUUCGCCAACCAGCGGCCGUCGUCUCCUGCACGGUCUAACUCUACAUCUUCUGUCAUCACACAAAGCUCUACCGCUCCUCCACCAGGUCCUCCCACUCUGGUUGCAGGUAGUGUGCCUGGCUUGACUGCCACAAAUUCUGGCAAGGUGACCGGGGUGCCUAUCGCGACUCCGCCAGAGACCCCUCGCAGCACGGCUGGUAGUGUGGCCGGUACUAAGAGGGAUCAGAGUGAGAGCGAGAAAGAGGACUCGGGCUCGAAGCCCAAAAAGAGAAGAGUCGCUCCCACGCUCGUCAGUGGGCCUGGCACUGAUCCGAAACCUUGA